GGCGCAUGCGUGCUGGGCGCUCGGAUUCGUUUGUUUACGUUCACUCGCGUUCUCAACAUCGUAGCGUGUCUACGGUGUAUUGAUUUAUUGAAAAUUAUGGAAUAAGUGAAUUACGUGAAUUUACUUAAGUGAAUAUAAAGAACGUAUCCUUGAAACCGGUGGAUUAUUUCGAAACGAACGUUUCCGAGCGUGAUUGGCUCGGAAGUGAGAUGGGAUGCGGCGAGCGCGAGACGUGGUUCUCGCGUGGACGCUGCGGUUGCUGGCGCUCGCUCUGCUGCCCGCUGUGCCAGCGCGGCCUGAUGUCAUAUUCCGAGUACCAGAAGUUGUGGUACGCCCAAUAUCGGGCACUAAGUCAGUUGGCAUAGGUCCGGGAAACAGCAGUCGGACCAACGAUUCGGAACGCUGGGGGGAGACGGUGGUGGAAGUGCAGUAUGAGGAGUACUUCGUAGAGCACGAGGUCUCCACGGCCGCAGCGAGACAGGCGGCGGCCGUGCUCAAACUGGACGACAUUCCAGAAACGAGGGUAGGAUGUGGGGUGUGCACGCGCCGCGAAUUGGAGUACUGCGAGACCCGCGUGCUCGCCGACCACUGCUGCUGCGAGCGCCACUACCUGCCCGAGCCGUUCCCCUGGCUGCCGCACACGUGCUACGUCGGCCCGCACCGCUGUCGCCCGCUCGCCCACGACUGCGUGCGCUACGUCCGCCUCAGGGACUGCUGCUGCUACAAGAAACUCGCCGAACGAUGGAAAGGCAUCCUGUCGAAGUCGUCGCGCGUGAGCGUGGGCGGCGUGUCGCUGCUGCUGCUGGCGGCGCUGCUGCUGGCGGCGCGCAUGUGACCCGCGCCGCCGCGCGUGCCGCCGCCCGCGCUGCUGUGAGCCCUCCCUGCGCACUCGGGACGUCGCUGCCCUCGCUCGCCUGCAGUCAAUGCUGCGAUGUGCGGCGGAGAGAGCGCGCUGGAGUUGCCGCCAGUUGGCCCCGCUCCAUUCUAACGGAGGUUGCAUCUCAGAUGUUACGCAUCAUAUAUUUAACAACAUAAACCGAAUGAU